AUUGGGUUGGUUUUUUUUUUCGUGCCUGAGAUUGAGAUCUCAUUCAUAUCCUUCUCACUCGUACGUUUUUCCUACAUCAUUUGGUAUCAGAAGUCAGUACGAUUCGUGAUGCCGUCGAGACGACAAGAUGCUGCAAACGAACGAAGUGAUGCAACCUUCAAUGAUCGGUUUCAACAGAUCGACUACCGAUUUCAACAAUUGGACGUGCGUUUCACGGAUUGGUUUGCCGAUAUUUCGACAGGGAUCGAGGAUUUGCGUUUGUCGCUUAACAACAUGAUUGUUUUGGAAUUACAGAUGAACCGCGAAGGAGUUGUGGGCCGUGGCAAUCGCGGGGGAGACAGAGGCGGACGCAGCCAUGUCGGGGCACCCCGGCAGCGAUCCCCGACACCUCUGAACGGCAACGAUGUUGGCGAUUUUGGGGCUCAACAGGAUCCAAAUGCGUUUUAUUGGCAUGUGAAGGAGAUGCAGAAACUAGACCUGUGCAGAGGGAAUUUGGUCGUGAUGUUGGUCGAUGGGAGGGCCUGUUUCGCGUGGACAUCCUCAAAUUCGACGAAGAGCAAGAUGACAGGCCAUUGUACGAUGGUCCGCCUGUGUUUGAUGAAGGACCCGAAGAGGUGGAGGAGCGUCUUACCGACGAAGUGGACAAUCUCUACGACGGUCCGCCGAUUUUCGAUGAUGAGCCUCCGGGAUUUACGGUUAACCAACAUUAUGAGGAGGGAUUUAGUUCGCGCUUUGGUGAAGAGAACUGCUGGCCAAAAGAAUGCUGGCAAAAAAUCGACCGAAGUGGGGUCGAGUGCGACUUCGGCUGCUGUUCCAGAGAGUCCAAAGUCUCUGCAAGAGGUGACAACUACCGAGGUGCCGCCAGUUGUGAAUGCAGCUGCGAUCAACCAAGCAGAGCCUGAGCCUAAUGUGACAGGAACCGAGGUGGCCGUGGUUGAGUUACCGCACUCCGAGGUGCAGAGAGAUGAACCGGAGAAGCUAUCAUCUCCUCCGAAGUCUGUGGAGUCUACUCAGCUGGAGAGAAGGAAGAAGAGAAAGUUGGUGAAAAUGUCCGACGUGGGGGCUUUUUCUGGAGCAGAGAGGAGGUCGAAGAAAAAACACGACUCCGGACGGAAAGAUGUUGAAAAGGGGGUUGAUGAGUCGCCAUUGUUUGAAAAAUCCUUCUUGUCAAUUGAUGACGAAAGGGCCGCCAAGGUCAAGGUUCCUGAAGGCAUUGUGGAAGAGUGGUUUACUACUUUUCAGUCUGUUAAGUUUCCGCACAUGUCCUCGAGAAUUGAUAUGCCAGAGAACGCUAAAAGUGCAGCAAGGGUGCCUUUGAUGGUGUGGGACCCGAAGUCCGAAGUGGGAGUUUCUUCUCUAUCAAGCGUUGAUAAGUUAAGCUACGCUAAGGCCUUUGAUACGGAGAUAAAGGGCAUGCACAUCGAAGCGUAUGAAGAUGAGCGGGAAUUCUGUGAAUGGAUGCUUCGCCGAAGUGAAGAGAUGGAACCAAAUUCAGAUUUGCCUCCACUUACCGAGGAUAGGGCUGCUCUUCUCCGACGCGCCUAUGUUAAUAUGAUUCUGGAAGGAGAAAAAGGGAAGAGGAAAGAGCUGACAGAUAUCUUCGUUUCUACCCUUGCCGAUGUAGAAAUUGAGCAUAACUUCGAUGAAAUGACCCUUGAGCAGAUACGCGGCAAAGUCGAGGCUUAUAUUGCGGAAAAGGCCAAGUCGAAGGACAAGGAGGUUGAAAUUAUCAAAGUCGUUACGCCGGCUGGGGAUCAAUCUGAUGAGGUGCGAGAUCCGCGUGAUGACUUUGUCCCAGUGUCGAAUGAGGCUAUUGAGACCGCGGCCAAGGCAAAGGAAGUGGCG